CACGUGACUCUCCACGGACGAGCUUGGGCGCCGUCGGUCACAGACUCGCCGGACGCGUCGACGCUGAUUCACGUGAAUGUUGAUGUGGUCAUACGGAGUCACACAGUCGGUCUCUAACGUAGCUUUUGGAUGUUGGACAACCAGUGUGGACGAGAAGCUGUGCUGUGAUUUUGGAACCGAAUUUGUCCUCGUAGAAUAUUAAAUCUCUCUCUCUCUCUCUCUCUCUCUCUCUCUCUCUCUCUCUCUCUCUCUCUCUCUCUCUCUCUCUCUCUCUCUCUCUCUCUCUCUCUCUCUAAAGUAUGAUCCUGGUGACCUGUCUUCCCCUUCCUGCCGCGACGUCGCGCUGCUCGUUUUCGAGGAAGUCCCUUUCCUCUUGGCCUCCCUGUCCCUUCCUCCGCCCCAGCCGUGGGCGCUGGCCUGGACUCGCGCCUCCUGAAGGACGCGGCCUCCUCUCCCUCUGCUCCCUGCCCACGCGGCUCCCCGGAUGAGGGCAUGGCCCAGGGGCGGCGCAGGGACCUUCCGCGCAGUUAAAGUAGUGUAUUUAGUCAUGGCUAGAGCAUGGUAGCGGCGCCCGCCGGCCUCGCCCCCUCAUCAUCUGAAGCCGAAUUCUCUGUUGCAGCGGCUCCUGGCUGGCCUGGGCGGCGCGGCGGCGGCCACCCCCUUGUCCGUGACUUUGCACCAGGACGCGCCGCAGCACCAGCAGCACUUGCAGCGCCAGGACGACGUGAUGAUGCCGUACCGCUGCCCCUUCUGCAGCAGGCGCUUCCGGCGGCGCGACGGGCUGGUGCUGCACGUGCGCACGCACACGGGCGAGCGGCCGUACGCGUGCCCGCACUGCCCCGUCGCCUUCGCGCAGAAGUCGCACCUCAACCGCCACAUCCGCACCGUGCACAAGGUGGAGCCCAACGCCCACCUCGGCGGCGCGCAGGCCUCGGGGCCGCCCGCCGCGGACGGCGCCGGAGGCCCGACGGGGGAGGUGGCACGGCCCGAGGACAAGGCGCUGCCGGCGCAGAACGGCGGUGGCGGGCAGGCGGCGGACAGCGUCGAGGCUGAGCUGCGCAUCCCGAGCCCGCUGUUCCCGCACGUGCAAAUCUCCAGUGACGCUGGGGGCGUGGUCUGAGAUGGAGGGCAAGGCCGGGGGCGCCAGGACGGAGGACGGCCGGGGGCGUGGUCUGAGAU